GGACAACUAAGGGCUGCUGGGUAAAUAUGCCGACUCCCUGUAACUAAUUAGUGGUGGUGGUGCCUAACAACAGAGGAUGUUGUUUCUGCUUUGUAGACCGAUUCAUCAUGUUGAGGUUACUGGCAUUAUCAGUAUUGCUUUGUGAGUCCUUCGGUAAUAAAGACAUUGAGCCAGGUGCUGCAGCUAUUCCACAGAUUCUGCCUGCAUACAAUUACAGCAGCAUUUGGCUACCCAAAGAGCACAUUCCAUAUUUUCUACACAACAACAAGGAGAUUGCCAGAGUUUGUGAGCAGGAUUCUAAAUGUCCCUUUAAGGAGCAAUUGGCAGCCUUACAGUCUUGCUGGGGGUAUGAAGAAGAUUGCAAGUCAGACCACCGUUUUAGUUACCCAGUUUGCACACACGUUGAUUUUGGAUGGGCCAGAACAAUGGAAGCAGCACAGCAUGUUUACUGGACACAGGCUGAUUUUGGCUAUGUCAUGGAUCGUCUUAAUGAACUGAAAACAUUGUGCAACCCUGUCAGACCAGGAGAUUCUUCUUUGACCUGCUCCAGUUUCACUCGGUACUGCAGAGCAACAAACUUGUAUAUGGAUUUACGAAAUCCAAGGAGAAAUGACGAAAGAUACAAUGAGGACUUUUUCCAAGAUGGAGAAAUAGGAGGCUAUUGUGACCUUAACAAGCAGGCAUUGUUGGCAGAGGGGGAACAUAAAAGCCCCCUACAGUCUUGGUUUGCAGAGCUUCAGACAUAUUCUCAACUGAACUUUCAUCCCAUUAAAGAUGGAAGGUGUGACCUCAUUAUCGAGAAGCCAGUUUAUUUCGUGAAACUGGAUGCUGGUGUUAACAUGUACCACCACUUCUGUGAUUUUGUGAAUCUGUACAUAACACAGCAUAUCAACAACUCUUUCUCCAUGGAUGUAAAUGUUGUCAUGUGGGAUACUAGCCCUUUUGGAUAUGGGGAUUUGUUUAGUGACACUUGGAAGGCUUUUACGAGUUAUGAGAUUAUUCAUUUGAAAACAUACGAUUAUAAAAGGGUGUGCUUCAAAGAUGCGAUCUUUUCACUACUUCCCCGUAUGCGAUAUGGAUUAUUUUACAAUACACCACUGAUAGCUGGAUGUUCUAGUACCGGACUGCUGAAAGCAUUUUCUCAACAUGUGCUACACAGGUUAAAUAUUACACAGGAGGAAACCAAGGUUGGGAAGAUUCGAAUUACACUGUUGGCUCGUAGUACAACUUAUAGAAAGAUUUUAAACCAGGAUGAGCUGGUGAACGCAAUGAAGACUAUGUUCAAUUUUGAUGUUCGUGUUGUGGAUUAUAAAUACAGAGAGAUGGGAUUUUUGGAUCAACUCCAAGUCACUCACAACACAGACAUAUUCAUUGGGAUGCACGGAGCUGGGCUGACUCAUUUGCUGUUUCUGCCAGACUGGGCUGUCAUUUUUGAAUUGUACAACUGUGAAGAUUACCGUUGUUACAUGGACCUUGCUCGACUCAGAGGAGUUCACUACAUGACAUGGGAAAGAGAAAGUAAAGUUUUCCCUCAGGAUAAAGGUCAUCAUCCCACGGUAGGAGAUCAUCCUAAGUUUACCAACUACUCAUUUGAUGUUGAAGAAUUUAUGAGACUUGUUCUUUUAGCAGCAGAAAAGGUUGUACAGCAUCCUAAAUGGCCUUAUAAACAAAAGCAUGAUGAACUUUAAACCAAUCCAUCUUCUGACUACUGCUGCAGUUUUGUAAUGAAGAACUGUUGUGUGAUACUUUUAAAAUAGAGUAUUUUAUUAAAAUGCCAUGUAUGCUGGUUUUACUUGGUACAGGUGUUCCAGUUUUGUAAUAUAUUGCAUAAGAUGUAAAAUAUAUUUUGGUUAAAAAAUCAAAAUCAUGCCAAUAAAACUUGCACAGAGUUUAGAAUGA